AUGCCUGUGACUGUCCUGCUCACGGGCCUCAACGGUUUCGUCGCCGUACACACCGCCGUCACAUUCCUCUCGCAAGGCUCCAAAGUCAUUGGCACGGUCCGGUCAGAGGACAAGAAGGCCAAGACCGAAAAGCUCUCAGCACUGGAGCAGUAUGUUGCCAACGGCACACUAAGUGUGCUUGUGGUGCCCGACCUUGCCCAGGUGGCCUGGGACUGGCACUCGCCCGGCUUCAGAGAUGUCGAUGCCAUAGCACAUAUUGCGUCCCCAUUCGACUUGACUUUGCCGUCGUACGAAAAGGUCGCUGGACCUGCCAUCAACGGUACCCGCAAUCUGCUCAAGGCUGCAUCAAAGAAUCCUAAUAUCAAGUCUGUUGCUGUUCUCUCGUCUUUCGCGGCCGCAGCAGAUGCCAUGAAGCCGAUCACUGGACACGACGGCAAGGUAUACACGGAGGCCGACUGGCUGCCAUUCACCGAAGAAGAUGCCAGACAAGCUAGAAAUCCUGGCUACUGGUACAUGAUCUCCAAAAAGUAUGCAGAAUUAGAGGCCUGGAAAGUGGUCAAGGAAACCGACGCUAAAUGGUCUUUUUCGACGAUCGUGCCUCCUGCCGCUUUUGGACCUCCUAGCCAGAUCGGUAAUCUCAGAGAUCUCAAAGCAGGCUCCGGGCGAGACAUCUCUACAUCUUACCUCUUCCGCACCUUGGGGCUGGGGACCGCUACGGAGCUUCCUAACGAGGUCACUACGCGUUAUAUCGACGUACGCGACAUUGCCGAAGCCAUCUACCUGACGAUAAUAAAACGCGCCAACGGCCGCUACCUCAUCGCUGGAGAAGAUUACACCUUGAAGCAGAUCCUAGACACAGCGCGCAAAGUCCGGCCUGACCUCGAAAAGUAUUUCAACAGAGCUCGCGAGAGUGCACCUCCUGAGGCGUCUUAUGUGAUUGAUUCGAGCAAGAGUGAGAGGGAGCUUGGGCUUCGGUAUCGUACGCUGGAGGAGACAAUACGGGAUGCUGUUGCUGGCUUUGAGAGGCUGGGUGCGUAUGGGGGUAGUAUCGCAGAAGGCUAUGUCGUAAACGGGGCAAAGGUCUACAUCUCCUCCAGAGACGCAGCCGCAUGUGAACAGACCGCAAAGAGGCUCACCAACCAAGGACCUGGAAAGUGCAUCUCCCUCCCUGGUGAUCUGUCCAAGUAUGAUGAAUGUGUUCGGCUGGCAAAGGAGCUUGAGAAGCGUGAACGAGUACUGCACAUCUUGGUCAACAACUCGGGCGCCACCUGGGGCGAGUCGUUCCACUCCUACCCCGACGCCGCCUUCACCAAACUUCUCACCCUGAACGUCCAGCGCGUCUUUACGCUCACCCAGCAGUUGCAUCCGCUGCUGGAGAAGGCUUACGAAGAGGACAGAUUCAUUGCAAGGAUUAUAAACAUCGGGUCCAUUAAUGGUGUUGGUAAUCCAGGGCUCGAGACUUACGCCUACUCUUCCUCCAAAGCUGCCCUUCACCAGCUUUCCAAGCACCUGGCCAACCGUCUCGCCCCCCACAUCACAGUCAAUGCCAUCGCUCCAGGCCCCUUCCGUAGCAAGAUGAUGAAGCAUACGCUGGACCAUUUCGAAAAGGAGCUCGCGGAAGGAUUGCCCAUGAAGAGGAUUGGAGCGCCCGAGGAUAUUGCGUCGACGGCUCUGUGGCUGUCUGGGCCCGGAGGAGCGUGGGUGACUGGGACGGUGGUCCCGGUGGAUGGCGGAUCGCUUGUAGCGACAAGUUCAAAGUUGUAG